UAAAUAAAGAAAAUAUUCCAUAUUGUAUGAACCAUGACAGAGUAUUAAGUCGUGAAAACCAGUUUUAUGGGAAGAGUUUAUUAAACAGUACAAUAAACUGCUUAAAACGAAACGUGUACCAUAACAAAAAAGUGUCAUUAUUGACAGUUAGGUGAAAGUAUCUGUCAAAAUAUUGUCAACAAACCACAGCAGUAGACGUCGCUGCUGUAAAAAAUACGAUCAUUUUUAAACUAAAAGUAUACUUUGCAUUAGUAUUAUAAACAUAAAUUAGAUUUAUAUCAUCUAAAUAACAUAAACGACUUUGUUGACAUGCCAUAGAACGUUCCACAGUAUAAUAACACCUUCGCAAUGUUUCGAAAGUGAAUUCCUAUUCCUAACACAGUAAAAUAACGUGAAAAUGGGGAAAACAAGCAAAGUUGUCAUCUGUGGAAUGAAAGGGGUUGGCAAAACUGCUGUUUUAGAGCAACUUAUAUACGGAAAUGUGAAUUUAAAGUCUUGUUUUUACCCGACGAUUGAAGAUAUCUAUGUGGCAAAUAUAGAAACGGAUAGAGGGACUAAAGAGAGAGUCUGUUUCUACGAUACGGCGGGACUGGAGCCCCCGCUUACAGGCGAGUUCAAAGGACCUCCUCAAUCCCCCACGAUGCAGCUGACAGCCAACCAAGUGCUCCAGCGACACUACCUGGGCUUCGCUGAAGGCUUCGUCAUGGUGUACGACACCACCAGACCAGAGUCUUUAGACGUGCUCAUGUAUUUGAAGAAGGAUAUUGAUAGAAAUAAGGAUAAAAAAGAGGUAGUAAUGCUGGUUAUAGGCAACCGCACAGGUCCGGACGACGUCAACAGCUUAGAAAACACGUGCUCCAAAGCCUCAAACUGGUGCGCGCGGGAAAAGAUCCGCCAUUUUGAAGUCUCCGCCAUGGACCGCCCCUCGUUGUACGAACCAUUCAUCUUCAUGACAUCAAGGCUCAACCCCGUACAAAAUAAGACAGCGUUCCCACAACUUAGUACGUUAAGCAAGUUGACCCAAAAAAAUAACAAAAGUGAAGCCAUGUAACGGUACGUUUUUAGUCUAUGCCCUUUCUGCUAUCAACCGUGAAGGUUGGUAGUCUUGUCUGUGGUUCGAAGCGAGCUGUCAAAAUUUUGGCGCGUAAUUUAAUGUGGUGCUUGUAGGUUUUUUGAUCGCAUUUUAAUGGAGUAGUAGAAUGUGCUUUAUAAAAAAAUAUCGUAGAAUAUUUGAGAACGUAGGAGUUUACAAUAUUAUCUAUAUUUAUAUCAUCAACAUUUUCAUUAUAUAUAAAAAAGAAAGGCGGUUGGUAACCUCUUUUAACAUGUACACAAUUCGCCAAAAAAAUAUUACAUCUAAAAUUAAAUAUCGUUUAUUCAUUUUCAUACAUACAAAUUGCAUUUUUAAAUAUUAAAUAUAAAAAUAAAUAACAUUAAAAAAUAU